AAUGUGUCACAUGUGGUAAGAAGUUUACAGGUAGAAAGACUUUAACAGUGCAUAUGCUAAUUCAUACUGGUCAGAAGCCCUACAAAUGUACCGUAUGUGACAAGAGUUUUACACAAAGGAGUCAUAUGUUAUCUCAUCAAAGGACUCACAGUGGACAGAAGCCAUACAAGUGUAGUGUGUGUGACAAGAGGUUUACACGGAAGAGUACUAUGAUACUUCAUCAGCAUAUCCACACGGGGCACAAACCCUACAAAUGCACCAUGUGUGACAAGAGUUUUAGGUGCAAAAGCACUAUGAAAAAUCAUCAGUCAAUCCACGCAGGACAGAAAUCUUAUAAAUGCAAUGUGUGUGGCAAGAGUUUUGAAUACAAAAGUAGUGCGAUAUGUCAUCAGAGGAUCCACACUGGGCAAAAACCCUAUAAAUGUACCACAUGUCACAAAGUCUUUACAUGGAAGAAUCUGUUUGUAAAACAUCAGUAUAUCCAUACUGGGCAGAAACCCCACAAAUGUUCAAUGUGUGACAAGACUUUUAGAGACAAAAGUGCUAUGGUAAAUCAUCAUUCAGUCCACACUGGUCUGAAACCUUAUAAAUGUGCCACAUGUCACAAGGGCUUUGUGGAUAAAAGAAGGCUGGCAGUGCAUCAGUUUAUCCACACAGGGCAGAAACCCUAUAAAUGCACCGUGUGUGACAAGAGUUUUGUACAGAAAAAUCAAUUGGUAAGUCAUCAGAGUACCCACACUGGACAGAAAAACUACAAAUGUGUCACAUGUGGUAAGUGUUUUAGACAGAAGAGUAAUAUGUAUAGGCAUCAGAAUACACACACGGGGAAGAAACCCUAUAAGUGCACCAUGUGUGACAAGAUGUUUACACAGAAGGGUAACAUGGUAAAACACCAGCAUAUACACACUGGAGAGAAGCCCUAUAAAUGUACCAUGUGUGACAAAAGUUUUAGGCAAAAGUACAGUAUGAAGUGUCAUCAGCGUAUCCACACGGGGCAGAAAUCCUACAAAUGUACCAUGUGUGACAAGAGUUUUAGAUGCAAGAGCACUAUGGUAAAUCACCAGAGAAUUCACACUGGUCAGAAACCCUAUAAAUGUACCAUGUGUGACAAGUCCUUCAGACAGACAAGUGCUUUGAAAAGGCAUCAGAGCAUCCACAGUGGGCAAAAAAGUAAGAAACUCUAAUACAGAGGUUGUAAAUUGGAAUGAAUUCUGUUACUCAACUAAAGUUAAGAAAGGGUUCCAACUGAAAACCAUGAGGCGCACUCACUGUACCCAACAUUUGGUUUAAAGUAUUAACAUCUUUGCAUCAUGAUUUAAUGUUGAGUAAAAAUCUACCUGUAUAUGCACCUUGAAAUUACUGACAGCAGUCUGGAUAACAGCAGGGGGAAAAACGUGUCAUACUUCAAAGUGCACAUGUAAAUUACCCUAAGAACUAUUAUCCAAUAACUUGUCUUAGGUUCAUAGGUGUUUACUAGGUUAACGACCACAAGGGCCUUUUUAAUCCUAGCCAUGCAUCCCAGCUCUCUGACAAAUUAUGAUACAAUUGAUAAAUGUAAGCAGGGGUGUGGGAGAUGAAAC